GGGGUCAGAACGCCGAUAUAAGUGACCGGCUGUCCCGUGCCGGUCAGUACCUGUCUUUUGCAGGAUGAAAAUCUUCUUGCUACUCGUAGUGGCGGUGGCGGCUGUUUCUGCACAGCAAGGCCCUCCUCCAGCGGGUCCUAGAGGACCACCCCCGGAAGUCGACUGGGGAAAGUGUAUUCAGUUGAAACCUUCUAACGAGGAAAAAGAACAAAAAUCAAAACUGAUCCAAGAAUGCCUUAAAGAAUAUCCACCUCCUGCUGGUGAAGUAACUAGAGAACAGAUUGACGAACAUAGAGACAAAAUAGCUGAUUGUGGUCUUAAGAAGGAAGGAUGGUUGAACGAUGACGGAAGUUACAAAUUCGACAAAGCAGAAAAAGAACUUAAAGACAAGAAACUGGAUAAACCGAUCGAAGAGAAAGUCAUAAACAAACAUAAGGAUUGCCAAAAAGAGGCCGCUGAACGAUUCCCUGGCAAUCACGCUGAACAAAUACAGAUGUAUCAGGCUUGCAUGGAUUUCCACAUUUCCAAGGAAUGCGGUAUCCAAGUAGCUAAUCCACCCCCACCACCACCACCACCAUCUCCUUAAGCAUAAAUUUAAAAACAGAGAGAAGCCCGGACCGGAUCUUGCUUUAAUUCUCAAAAUUUAACGACUACGGUUUUCAAUGUCAAAGUUUCAAUCGACGGAAUUAAUUUUGUGUAUAUUUUGAACCGAAAUGUACAGUAGUUUUUUAUGUAUAGUCGGUUGAACUACAAUGUUAAAUGUACAGCCGUCAUUUUGAUUUUGGUAUUGUUAAAAUAAAAUUGUCUUUGUAGAAAUA